GAGGAAGUCACUGCCCCUUUCCCCCCCUCUCCUGCUCCAUCUCCCAGCCCAGCAUUGCCCCCGGCUGCAGGACAACCCCACUGCCAGCGCCGACCACCCGGGGAUGCACUGGGGGCAUCUCCUUCCCCUUCCCUCUGGCAUGGAGGCAAAUCCCAUCCUGUCCUUGUUCUUCCUCCCCCAGACAAGGAGCUGAAGAUGGAGACCAGGGAGGACAAAUCCCCGCAGCAGAGCCUCAUGGAAGAGGCCGUUUUGAGUGGUUCCACAGUGCUGGAAUCCAAUGGGGAGGAAAAGCCCCAGAGAUCCCGCAGGAAGAGGGGCUCCAAACCCAGCCCAGAGUGCUCUGAAGAGAAAAGACCCAGUCUGUGCCAGGAAGGUGGACAGAGCUUCAGCCAGAGCUCGAAGCUGGUGGUGAAUGAGCAGUUUCAUGACAGGGAGAAGCCCUACAAGUGCUUGGAGUGUGGGAAGAGCUUCAGCCGGAGCUCCAACCUGAUCCGCCACCAGAUGAUCCACACUGGGGAAUGGCCCUCCAAGUGUGGGGAAUGUGGGAAGGGCUUCAGCUGCAGCUCUGAGCUGAUCCGCCACCAGAUGAUUCACACUGGGGAACGACCCUACAAGUGUCCUGAGUGUCAGAAGAGGUUUCGGAUCAGCUCCCAUCUCAUCCUGCACCAGCGGAUUCACACCAAGGAGAGGCCCUUCCGCUGCCCCGACUGCAGGAAGGGCUUCAAGCAAAACUCCCACCUCAUCAGCCACCGCCGCAUCCACACCGGGGAGAAGCCCUAUGAGUGUCCCCAGUGUGGGAAGAGCUUCUCCAGGAACUCUCACUUGACUGAACACCAACGGAGGCACCGGUAAGGGAAGGCCUGCAAAUGCCCUGACUGCAGGAAGAGCUUUGUGCACUGCUCCAGCUUCAUCCCCCAUUGGAGGACCAACGUUGGGAAGAGCCCUGGUGACCCAUGUUCCCUGUGAUCCAUGCUGGGAAGAAACCUGUCUCUUUUCCUGCCUCUGGCAAUGACAUGAUGUGGGCUCAAAGAA